AUGAUCAGCAGUGCGCAGUCGUUACAGGAUGAACCCGGCAGCAACUUGGAGGAGUACGAUGCAUCAGGAGUGGAUGACCCUGGUCACCUGAUGUUUGGCCCUCAGUCGAAGGCUCGCUACAUCUCGCCAGUACAUUUUGCGAUGAUCAGCGAGGAGAUCAACGACAUCAACGAGCUGCUGCGCAACCAGCAACGCUUCUUCGUCAACAACGCCGACGAUGAGUCCGAGAGUGAGUCUGAGCAGCAUACUCAUCCUGGUGGCCUUGCGGUGAGACUUCGUGGUGAUCGCCGUACGUAUGGCGACAUCUUCCCUGACGUUCCAGCCUUCAGACCACAGGAUGUUGCAGUCGGCCAGUAUGCUCGUAACCCCGACGUUACAGAACUUCUCAGAGCGUUACCGUCCCAGCAUCAGUGUGCUGGUCUGAUUCGGGCGUACCUGGCGGGCUAUCAUAGUGUGUCCCCGCUGUUCCACAGCCCGUCAUUCUGGCAGCAAGCCCGCGAGUUCUUCCAGAGCAACCAAGUUGAGCACACUGAGAAUGACACCAGCAUUCAUUUCCUCGCACUGCUGCUGGCUGUUCUGUUCGCCGGAACCGUCGUCUCUCCUCGUUCCUACGUGCGAACGAUGUUUGGCAACGACGCCGUUCGUGAAGAGCUUUCUGCUCGUCUUUACAGGACAGCAGUACGAGGCAUCCGCAUGUCUGACUUCCCUCGGGUCCCUUCGAUCCAAUCUUUCACGGCUUUUAUCAUCGUCGAUGCAACUUGGCUGCGAGCUGAGCAACCACUGACUUGCUGCUCGUUUGUUGGGCUUGCUGUACGUGUCGCUCAGAUGCUAGGGUUGCACGAGGAUCCUUCGAAGUUCCCGGUCAUUGAUCGCAUCGAAACUCACGUCCGCCGGCAACUCUUCUGGCAUCUUGUCUCGCUCGAUUGCCAGGUAGCCCUCGCAUCAGGGUUGCCAGCCAUUAUUGGAUCAAAGCUCUACGACGUGAGUCCUAUAACAGAGCUGUCCGAAUCAGCGAUCACUUCUCCGCCGGUCGAAGGCAGUGAGACGAUCAAGGAGAUCGGCAAGACCUUCGUGGCUGGCAAGUUUGAGUUCUACCGACGUAUGAGCGAUUUCCUCCAUCUGCUCCACAACGACUCUCUCAACGAGAGCGACUUGGACCGGCUUCUUGAGACCAUUCAUGAGAACCAGACAGAUCUCUAUGCCAGGCGGGAGCGUGUGGCGACUGUAGUGCAAGACUCAAUCACCGAUGGCGAGCCUGCUUCCGGAGCUGCGAUCUUUGCGAAGUUGACUAAGAUGUGUCUAUCGAUGUUCGCUGCCAAACCAUUUGCUGUCAUGUAUGGUCCUGUGAGACGACAUGGACUGCUUCAAAAGCUGUUUGAGAAGGAACCAACGGAGUAUCUCCACCGGUUCCUGCGACUGACGCAAUGUAACGAUUUCCAGCCAUGGCACUGGUGCUGGCCAGGCCAACAUCAGCCCCUCUACAGCAUCAUGGCCUUACUCCAAGAACUCGAAGACCGACCGUUCGACACUCUAGCAAUGCAAACGCGCCGUCUCAUCGACCUCGCGAUCUUGAUGUGCGGUCCCCAAGCCAACGAAGGCAUCCUCAGCCACGAAGACGGCGACUCAGAUGCGCGGCCGUUGCAUGAGGGCGGCGCCGAGGCCUGGGUAUUCAUCAGAAGAGCGCGGGAGAGGGCAUGGCAGAAGGCGGAUUUGGAUCCAAGCAUCCUGCUGUGUCCGGCGAGUGCGAAAGAGAUUCACUUUGAUGGCUUUCCUGGCCAGUUUGAUGAUAUUGCCUUGCCGGAUCAUGAUCCGUUUGAGGAUAAUUGGUUGGGAUCGUAUCCGGAGUUGGGGCCAGAUUGGCAGGCGUUCUUCGCUGACUUCCCGUCCGACUGGAACUUUGAUUUGUGA